UAUACCAACUACAGCAGCGGAUGUGGAAACGAGGUUUAAUAUGACUAGCAACACCAAAACUGAAGAGAAUGCAAACAUGACCACAGCUCAUUACUCCACUACAAAUACACUUCCAACCUCCUCGUCAGCGACAACGCAGGUGGACAUUAGCAACGCCUUCGCUUAUUUGGUAGCUCUAUUUGCCAACGGAAUAAAGACCAGCGUUCUAAUAGCGCCAGCAGCUGGAAAGUCAAGAAAGAAUAAGAAACGCAAGUGCAAUCUUCGCAAAGUGGCCGAAUCGAAGCGCAGAGUGGUGCGGCCAGCAGCUAACGCGGAUUCAUUGUCAGUCUCUCUGCAACCGUGGUUCGCUGUCAAUGGCAUUGAAAACUCUCGUUCAUUGCUGCCAACUACAGCAACACCCGCUGAAACUGCAAAGGUAAGAAACGCCUCGGCAGACGAUCUCAAAUCGAUAGACACUUUGGAGCGACGCGACUCGCGCAUCGUAUCGCACUAUGACGGAUAUCCAGCUGGCGCGGGUAAUGGACGUUUUUCGUGUUUAGUCGAGGCGGUAGAGUCGCAGUGCGAUUGCGGUUGGAGUACAUACUCGUUGAAAGUGGUUAGUGCGUCCAGUGUUGCCGGCGUUCAUGAGUUCGCAUCCAUGGCGGGUGUGCUGACGGUGAAGUACGCGAAGAUUUUCUGCGGUGCGGUGAUCAUACAUCACCAAUUCUUGCUGUCCGCUGCACAUUGCUUCAUAUCAGCCGCCACAAAUCGCUCAGAGCUGCUUCAGGUGGUUGUAGGCGAGCACGAUCUCUCAACUGUGUACGAAUCGGUCUACACUCGCUACUACGACAUCGACACCAUCAUUUUGCAUGAAAACUUUCGCGCAACCGGCACUCAGGUGCGCAAUGACAUUGCACUUUUGCGCACGCGUCAAACGAUCGAGUGGAAUCGCGGCGUCGCUCCCGCCUGCCUGCCAUUUCGUUCGAUCGCCGAUGGAGAGGAUGGCCGCAAGCCGCCAAUAGCAGGUCAGCGCGUGGAGACCGCCGGCUGGGGCAGCAUUUCAUUUGGUGGUCCUCAAUCGCCGCUUCUGCGCACCGCACUGCUGGAUGUGCUCGACGUUGAUGAGUGUCGCAGCGCGCUGGGCACUGUGCCGCCUGCAACAUUCUGCACCUUUACACCGGGACGAGACACUUGCCAAUAUGACUCGGGCGGUGGGUUAUAUUUGCGCGAGGGCGGGCGCCUCUUUGUGGUGGGCAUUGUUAGUUAUGGAUACGGGUGCGCAACACGACGGCCUUCGGUGAAUACAAAGGUGGCAUCGUAUAUACGUUGGAUUAAGAGUCAGACGUCGCAGGUAGCAUAUUGUAUAAAGUAGGGAG